CUCAAUUCAACCUUGUUAAUUAUAUCAAGUACAAAGUGCCUUACUGUUAUAUGUUGACCGUUACGUCAUAUCUUUACCUUAAAUUUCAAUCAAUUCACUAAAUAUGGGUCGCCCUAAAGGUAGCGUAAAUAAAGAACCAUCAAAGACUAAAAAGGUGAAGGAGGAUGUAAAGUCUGUGGCUGUUCCAGUCAUGGAAGCACCAUUGAUGAUUUUUGUAUGUAGAAGAUGUUCUGGGAAUUUUGAUAGUACUGAAUCUUAUCAAAAUCAUCAUUGUCCAGCUCAAGUAUUUGCGAUUAUUGAGGAGAAAUCAGCUGAGUCUGAUGAAAAACCGAAAAAAUCCCCCAAAAAGUCGCCUAAAAAGUCGAAAAUUUUAAAAGAUGGUCAAGAAGAGCCGGUUGUCAUCACAGAUAUUCUUGAAGAUCCAGAAACAAAAUUCAAGAAACCACGUAAGCCAUACAAAAAGAAGGAAAAGUCAGCCUCAGAUGAGGCAAAAGAUCCAAUCGCUUGCCCAACUUGUGGUAAAGUUUUUACUAGAAAGUAUCACCUAGAGAGACAUCUAACUCAUACGCAAUGUAAUCCGGGUACAUUUAAGAAAGAAGAAUUUAACUGUGAAGUAUGCAACAAAGUGUUUUCGCGUAUCGAUAACCUUCGAAUGCAUUUAAGAGCUCAUUUAGGCGAAAAAUCUAGAUCUAGAGAUUUUCAAUGUCCAUACUGUGAAAAGGCAUUCUAUGGAUCCUCAUUGCUCAACAUUCAUAUUCGCUCACAUACCAAAGAAAAGCCUUAUCUUUGUGACUGGGAUGAUUGUGGGAAAGGAUUUCCAUCAUCUGGAGCUCUGACUAAGCAUCGAAGAACUCAUACAGGUGAAAAACCAUACACGUGCAGCAUCUGUGGCAAUAAGUUUGCAGCUAAAGAAACGUUAAAUCGUCACACAAAAACUCAUACUGGCAAAAAAGAUCACGUAUGUCGCAUCUGUGGUAAGAGUUUUAUCCAAAAUACACAGUUGCGUGCCCACUUGUUCCAUCAUACAGGCGAAAACGCAUAUAAUUGUGACAUGUGUGGAAAGCAGUUUAAUCGAAAGACAAGAAUGCGAGAGCAUAUCGAGUAUAUCCAUCUUGAGAAGAAGAUGCCAACGUGUAAUAUGUGCUCGAAAACAUUCAUGAGACGAGAAGAUUUAGGGCGUCAUAUUGAAUCACAUAUUGGGGAGCGAAAGCAUAUGUGUGCAAUUUGUGAUAGGAAAUUUGUGACCAAAGCUGCUGCAAGAAUUCACAUGCGUAUUCAUCAAGUUGAAGAUCCAGCACGUUGCAGCUAUUGUAAUAAAGAUUUCCUUCGUAUGGAUUGCUUAGUUCGUCAUGUCCGCUCAAAGCAUAGAGAAAUGCUGCAACAAAUUAUUGUCGAAGCUGAGACUAAUCGAAUCAUAUCCGCUCAACAAAAUAAAAUAACUGGAACUGAGGAACUUGAAAUUAUUGUAUAUAAUGAUGAUUCACAGGAAACUGUCUAUGAAGUUCUCGAAGUUGAGGAAGCGGCUGAUGAGAAACCGAAAGCUAGAAAAUCUAAAAAGUCACCAGCCAAAAAGGAAGUCGUCCAAAUUGCAAAUGAAGAUGAUGACGAUGAAUGCGCGCCAAUAUUUCUUGAUGAUGACUUGCUUAAGAAAAGAAUUCAGGAACUUCUUCAAAUUGUCAUUGAAGAAAGUUUAUUAAAGGAACUAGGAUUUGGCAAGAAGGCAAUUGAUGAUGUUCUUUGCUCAGUUCUCGAACAGUGCAGUCACACGCCAUUAAGAAAAGGAGAUGGAAAUGAGGAUGACUCAACAAGAAUGCGUGAAAAUACAAAGCAAUUGUUCUCAAUGGUGCUUGAUGAAGAGCACAUUAAAUCACUUUUGAAUAACUAUACAGUUGAUGAAGUUAUCACCAUUGUCCUUAAAAUGGCUAAAUAGAGAUGAAAAAAACUGAAAUUAUAGUUGAAAUUUUAUUUUUAUAUCGAAACUUAUUAAUGCCUCC